AUGCUUUUUGUUGCGCGUUAUGCAGAGAAGCAACAGCAGCAGCACAUGAAAGUGUCAAGUCAGAUCAUCAUCAAACAAUGUCCCAGGCUGGAUGUUGUCUUUAACAUUCGUAAAUAUUUUCAUUUGUUUGAAGAAGAGGGCGAAGACGGAGAGUUGCUUCCGUGGCGCCAGGACUCGUUCUCUUAUCCCUCGAAGCAACUCCCGCGGCGAUGA